UAAUGGCAAGAAAAAAUAAUAAAUCAAAAAAGAAGGCUUAACACGCAUUUAUAUUAUAAAGGGAAGAGGAAGAAUAAAAAAAGAAAGAAUUGAAAUAACAGAGAAAAGUAGAGAAAGAAGAGAAUAAAUGGAUUGAUGAUUUAGAUGAUUUAGAAAUUGAUUCUGAAGAACAUGUCUUUGGAUUAAAGAAGAAAAUUAAAAAAGACAAAAAGAACAAGAAAACAAAGAAAGAGGUAUAAAAUAUUUUAAGUUUAGAAAAAAGUAAUUAAAAAACCAGAAAGUAGAGUUGAUGCUGCUCGUAGAAAGAAGAGAGAAAGAAAAGCUAGAAAACAUCCUGUUAGUUAUUCUAAAGAUGUUGAAAUGUGAU